AUGGUCAAGGCUCUUUGGAUUGGAACUUUCAUUCAACUUCUUGUAGGGCUGGUUAGCGGUGAUCCUCCAAAGUUGCCGUACAAUCCUUCCUACAUUUGGGUACCCUCUUCCGAAAAUGGCUCCUCUCUAGCAUACAUCCUUUUACCGACUUCUCAAGGCUCAAACGAACUUCAACUACAAGCAUUCAAUAUAUCGGCACCAUUUGACACGUCUGCGCCACCCCUUGUGAAUGUAAGAAACAAGCCACCUUUCUUAUCCAAUAAUGGCAUCAAGAGCAUCAUCCCUCUACCCAACAAGGAUGGUGUUCCAAUGGUCUAUGCUGGCGACUGUGAGUCUGGCGCUGCUCAGCUAUGGCGUUUUGUCCCAGAUGCUCGUCGUCUUGGUGAAGGAACUUGGUCAAAUCUAUCAUUAAAAGAGGUCGAAAGCAAAGAGGGUCUUGGAAGAGUCGGCCCCAAUAAUCUGGCUGCAGCAAUCACUUUCCCCGCUCUAACGAGGGGUAACCUUUUUGAUGUUUAUGUUUUUGGUGGGAUGUGCCCAGUUGUCGGCGGAGAGGCGAAAGGCUGGAUGUCCAAAGCAAAUUAUUCUCGAGAAAUGAUCGUGCUCGACCCAACGAAGUCGCCUGGUGACGGUUUAUACUUGGCUUCUAUGUUAUCGAGCAGGUCCCCGCCAGUCCGCCAAGCCGGUUCCACCAUAACUCCCCUGCUCCCUACGCAUUCAAACUCUUCAACCGGAAAUCAGCUUCGCCAACAGCGAUUUGCCCUGGUCGGGGGUCACACGCAAGAUGCCUUUAUUGACAUGUCAAGAAUUGCACUGUUUUCAUUACCAGAAGGUACCUGGAGCUAUGUUCCAAUCACCAAUUUGCCAACCUCGUCAGGGCAGCAAAGUGUACGUGGCAUCGAGCCACGAUCGGGACACACUGCCAUUUUGGCACCUGGAGGAGACAAACUCAUUAUUCUAGGUGGUUGGGUGGGCGACAUUACAGAGCCAGCCCAACCGCAGCUCGCAGUCCUACAUCUUGGCGAAGACUAUGGUGGCUCAGGGGAAUGGGCUUGGAGUAUUCCGAAGGAUUCUUCUCCCGGCAUACCGAAAGGUAUUGGAAUCUUUGGUCAUGGAGCGGCAAUCCUACCGGGAGGCAUCAUGGCUGUUGUCGGUGGAUAUGAAAUUUCGCGGUCAUCGAAACGGUCCGUCUUGGAACGUCGUGAUAACACACAGGUAUAUCUUUUCAAUAUGACAUCCGAAAGUUGGAUCACGUCUUAUGCUCCCCCUGAAAAACCUGGCCCCGUGCAUAGUCCCGGCCCUCUGUCUUCCAUGGCACAAAAGGCAGGAUUGGGUGUUGGCCUUGGGGUUGGAAUAUCCGCCGCAAUGGCCGCCCUGGUCUUUCUUUUCUGCGCUCGAACGCGUCAUCGGAGGGUGCAUAAACGAAACCGCGAGCAAGAGCUUCGAAAGCUAGCGCUUGGUGCCGAGCGACCGCAUAUGAAUGUUAGUGAGACCCCUAGCGGCCUAUACCAGCCCAUGCUUCCAGCAACUCCGAGCCGACCAAGAGCCAAUUCACACCACGACAGCGAUUGGAACGACAAAAAUGCGUCAGCUGCAGAGAGAACAAGCCUUUUGGUGGAUACCACCCCUACUAGAACGUCCGUGGGAAUGGCCUCAAAAACAUACCAGCCCGCAGGAUACUCAGACGAUUUGCGACGGCCCUCUACUCUUGGGAUUAUCCACCCCAUUGACGAAGGAGAAGAGUAUGGUGAUUACCCACAGGCUGGUACCGAACCGUCUGGAGCUCGAGGCACACAUCGGCAUAGUAAAAGCUCAGCAAUGUCGGAUCCAUUUCGAGAUCCUCCAUCGCCCGUCAAGGCUUGUCUUUCACCUCAAAUGAUCAUCCCGCCUCGUAGCGUUGACAGCAGCAAUACAGAAUGGGCACAUGGGCAUGGAUCCAAUGUUAUGACACCAGCAGUUAUCCAGGGCCGACGAACUGACUCACUUAGCAAAACAGACCGUACGCUGUCUGGUCUCUCUGAAUCUUCAGGAUCUACCAUGUCAACAUCCUCGUAUAGAACAAACUCCAUGGGAUUGAAUCAGAUGUCUGCUUUCCGGCACAGCUCUCUACCAUUAAUUGAAAUGCCCGAGGAAUCAGCCUUUAGUCUUGAGCUGCUCACUAACGAGCUAAAGUUGAGGUCAGAUAAGACUAGCAAUGAAAAAUUGAGUCGCCCAGAGAGCGGGUCGCUGCUUGGUAGCUCCUUGCUGCCGUCGGAGACAGGGGAGCCACCUGUCCAGAGCAAGAGUAAAGCAUUGGACUGGGUCGGAUCCGUUCGUCGUGCGCUCAGCUUCAAAAGGUCAGACACGUCUGACUCAAGCCUCGCUAAUUCGGACCCACCGCUAGGCCUCGAGCGUAGCUCCAGCUCCAGCCCGACGAAAAGUUUCUACAGCGCGCAGGAACACAUGUCGGGGUAUUCAGACGACGGCGCCAAACCGCCGCGUCGGGCAUUCAGCACGAACUCGUCCGCUUUGCAGCGCAAACAGGGCGCGAAGGACUGGAACGUCAAGCGAUCAUCCACCGAGCGAUCUACGCUGCUCCGGAGAGGAACAUACGAGGAUGCGCUGUCGGCGGGCCGACGAACCGGUGGCAGUAGCAGCAAAGACAUGGAUUCUCCCGCCCUGGCCGGCUAUGAUGACGAGGGAGACGACGAAGAAGAGGACGACUGGGAUGUGGAGGCCGCGGCAGAGGGCCGAGUAGUGCAGGUUACGUUUACGGUGCCCAAGGAGAAGCUGAGGGUUGUCAACGCAGGAGCUGGGGAUGGGCUGGACGACGAUGAUGAUGGUAACGAUCAUGGACGGAAUAAUGCAGCAACGGCCAGCAAACAAUGA